AUGGCUGAAUCGCGGUGGCAGAUGGGAUUCCGUGUGCGCACCCGUCUGCGUCAAAUCGCGGGCGCAUUGGUCUUUACGACAGCUGGGAUGAUGCUCUUGCACGCCUUCCGACCGUCAAAGAGCUUCGUGUCGGACCCGAUGGGAGCUGCCAUGCACCACGGACCGGGCCUUAUCUACGGAAAGAAGCGGCCCAACGAGCUGCACGAUGUCUGGGACGAUGACGACGACACGGGCCCAGACGUCGGCGGCGCGCAUUGGAACAGCCCACACCAGCCACUCCCGCAUGACAAAUCUCCCCCGGUGCAAAUUCCCUCGACAUCCAAGUCGCAUAUGCCCAGUCACGUCUACCGCGACGACGGACUGGAAUGCCAAGUUGGCAGGCAGAGUCGACACUUGGCCGACGCGGUCGACGAGUACGAGAAGCGCUAUGGCCGUCCCCCGCCCCCCAAUUUCGAUAAAUGGUGGGACUAUGUGACCGCACACAAUGUUCAGCUGCCCGACGAAUACGACAUUUUCCACGACCUCGAGCCUCUUUGGGGUAUUGCUCCGGAUGUGCUUCGCGAGACUCAGCGUGGAUGGGAGGACCAUGACGGGACUUAUACCCUUACCAGUGAAAAUGGAAAAAUCGCAGUUGGGUUGCAUACCCUCGGCAAAGCGUCGAUGAACUUUUGCCCCGUGCCAACGAGCAGAGCGACGUUUACGGCGCAUGAUGGACCAUACCAAUUCAUUAGUUGGGAACUCAAGGAAGCGGCUCUCAAGGCCGCCAAAACACGGACUCGGCUGGCGCAACGGAUGUCCACCCAACUCGUCCCUCGUCACCUCCAAACGCCAAUGGGACGACCGACCGGACAUGGAAGCCCUCCACGCCGCCCGACCCAAGACGUUCAUCCACGACCACGCCAAGUCCAUGGACCCAUGCGCCACCCGGACCUCACGCACAUCAACGGCUUCCUCGCCGCCCACGGCCAGGGCGCAGGAGUCUUUCGCGUCAUCGUCCCCGCGUUCUCGAUGUGCACCACCCCGCUGCACUCUGACAUCCGCACCAUCCCGAUCGAGCAGUUUACCGAAGACGUGGGCGUCGACCCGGCUUGGAACGAUAAGCCCUACGACAAGGUCCUUUGGCGCGGCUCGAACACGGGCAUCCUGUUCUCUGAAACUAUGCCUUGGAACUUGUCCCAGCGCGCACGGCUUAUCAAGUUGACCAAUGAAAAAGAGGGCGUUAGGUCCGUCUUGAGGCCGUUGGAGCCCGAACGCGCGAUCGGGAAACCGGUGGAGGAAAAGUCGAAAGAGCUGAACGAGCGGUUGAUGGACGUUGCGUUUGCCGGGAGCCCGAUUCAGUGCGAGGAGCCGGUGUGCACUGAGAUGAAGAAGAUUUUCGAGUAUCGGGGUCAUAUGGGCUGGUCCGAUGCGAACAAGUACAAGUAUAUCAUGGAUAUUGAUGGGAAUGGCUGGUCUGCGCGGUUCAAGCGACUAAUGACUACGAACUCGAUGAUUCUAAAGACGACUAUUUUCCCAGAGUGGUACAUGGACCGGGUUAUGCCCUGGGUGCAUUACGUACCAGUCAAAGUUGACUUGACCGAUCUGUACGACAUUAUCACUUUCUUCCGUGGAGACGCUCAAGGCCGGGGAGGACACGACGAGCUGGCCGGUAAAAUCGGAUUGGCCGGCAAGGUUUGGAGCAAGACGUUUUAUCGAAAGGAGGACAUGGUUGCCUAUUUGUUUAGAUCAUUUAGUAGUGGAACAACCAGUGCAGGCAGCAGCCCAAAUGAAGAUGACUAUGACCCCAACGAGCCUACAGCUAGAGGAAUGAUGAACUAUAGUAAUGCUCACGGGAACAGCCAAUUCCGGGACAGAGAAAGAGGAAAAGUCGAAGAGCGCAGGAAAUAUGAGGAACGUAAGAGGCACGAUCAAGAGAACCAAGUCAACCAAGAUCAAGGCGGCACGAACUAA